AUGAAGGUCGGUGACCGUGUGGGUGUCGGUGCGCAAGUGUGGGCCUGCCUCAACAAGUUCCCGGACGAUCCGUGCAAGGAAUGCGCCAACGGCAAGGACGCCUACUGCCGCCACCACGUGGGCACGUACAACUCGAAAUACCGCAAGACGGACGACGCAAUCACGUACGGCGGGUACGCAGACUACAUUCGCGUCACGCACGAGUACGCGUUCAAGAUCCCAGACAACAUCCCGUCGGACGUGGCCGCACCGCUGUUGUGCGCCGGCACCACCGUGUUCACUCCGUUCAAGGAGGUUGGUAUCAAACCUGGUGACCGCGUUGGUAUCGUGGGCGUUGGAGGGUUAGCCACGUAG